CAGGGAUAGCUGACGUAAGCAACGUGGGCACUAAAUUGUUGAACCGAAGUGUAUUUGCGGAUUUUUUCUUUUAGAUCCAUCUCUCAAGAAGAAACACUUACGGAACUCAUCCAAUCAUUCCAGUUCCACCUGAACUCAAACUUGUACCCUCCUCUGUUAGUGCAUUGCUACUUGAAAAUCAAAUUUGACGGAUGUAUUCUGCCUCCGCGUUUAGCCCUCGCGAUGAGGAAUACGAUUAUCUUUUCAAAGUGGUUCUCAUAGGUGAUUCAGGCGUUGGAAAGAGCAAUCUGUUGUCAAGGUUUACCAGGAAGGAGUUUAAUCUAGAAAGCAAAAGCACCAUUGGUGUUGAAUUCGCCACCAGGAGCGUUCCUAUAAAAGGAAAAAUUAUUAAGGCGCAGAUAUGGGAUACUGCAGGUCAGGAGCGAUAUCGUGCAAUCACUUCCGCAUAUUACCGGGGUGCUGUCGGUGCCCUCUUGGUCUAUGAUAUUUCAAAGCAUUCGACAUACGAAAACGUAGAACAGUGGCUGCGCGAAUUGCGGGAUCAUUCUGAUCAGGACAUUGUUGUAAUGCUUAUCGGUAACAAAUGCGACCUGCGGCAUUUGCGUAUGGUUUCUACGGAUGAAGCCAAGGCCCUCGCAAUGAAGGAGAAGCUGUUCUUCACGGAGACUUCGGCCUUAGACGCCACAAAUGUAGACGACGCGUUUUUUCAAGUCCUUGAAGCUAUCUUUAAUAUCGUCAGUGCCCAGCCAACUGGAGCUCAUGUCGCGCCUGCUGCAAUCAACCCUACGACUAAUCCGCUAAAUGUACCAGCCCCCACUCCGAACCGAAAGUGUUGCAACUAAUGUCUUCUUUAACAAAGUUUUAUCUCCCACCUGAGCUCACACCUUUCUUGCGCGUUUGGGCUUUUUGACUCAACGCAAUGCAGUUUUGGACAUGCAUGUCCUUAAUCACCGUGAGAAUCGCUUUUCUGGAUUCAUUUAUCAACUUUUCAUGCGCCGCAAAAUGUCCGUGUGUGUGUUCGUAUCGAAAACCUCGUGAAAAUUGACGAGUAUUGUUUGUCUGCUCCGUGGCACUAAUGAAAACGUAGCACACUCUCACUAACGCACAUGACGCACCUUUUCUAUCUGGCGCAGCACAUAUUUGCAUCGUUUUACCCACUAUUCGAACUAGCACAGUCUUCAUUUUUGGUCACUGUUCCAUUGUUUCUCCACUGGCUAGAUGCCGAGUACUCUGUAUAAUCAAUUUGGUUCGAUUACUCCUGUGUGUUCGCUAGUAACGCGACUCAUUUGCUGCUUCGUCGUCGCAGCUCUCGGAAGAAUCACCUUGUGCAUUCGCUUUUAUGAUUAUUUGCAAAAUGAUCUAGGUGGAUUGUUGCGACAAAAAAUUAAAUUUGAUUUCCUAGUUUUUCACUUCAUCACCGAUUGUGCCGUCCUUUUGGAGAACAUCCUAUACACUCUGAUGUACUCGACGAGCAUACCACUUACCAAUUCCAUCGUCAUAGUUUUUCUGACCAUGGUGCACAACCCACAUUUCAGUUGUUUCUUAUCUAGGCAAAUGUUGGAUUAAUGUGAAUAAGACGCAAUCUUUGUCAGUAUCAGGUAAAAU